GGUUGAGCUCGACCCUCCCCAGGCACAUUUGGGGAAAGAAUUCACCGCUUCCCAACACUUAAUUUUUAAAUUCGCUGCCGAAGAAUUGUUCUGAAAACAUCAGUAAUGCAUAAAGUUUGUUCUCGGCUGUACGGCCCGUCUCUGUUCGGGAAAACGGAUUUGUGGAAUUCAGUGGAAGUUUGUGUGAAAUUCCACAAAGAAGGCGGUGUGCUAUGCCAAAAAUCAGCAGUGAAACACCCAGCACCUGUCCUGCCCCAGAUUCCCCCAUGUGACUAUAAACCUGACCCAUAUCAGGGGAUGUCUAAAGACCGUUUACUAAAGAUUAGGAAACACAACUGCAACCCCAUGACCAUGAAGGUAACAUAUUACAAGAACCCAGUCUUCAUAAACCAGGGUUACAUGCAGUGGCUGUGGGAUGUGGAUGGAAGACGCUAUCUGGACUUGUUUGCUGGGGUUGCCACUGUCAGUGUUGGACACUGUAACCCGAAAGUGACACAGGCAGCUGAGAAACAGCUAAGGCGUCUAUGGCACACAACACCCAUCUAUGUGUACCCAGAAAUGCAGGAGUAUGCAGAGAAACUUGCCUCCCUUUUGCCAGACCCGCUGAAGGUUGUGUAUUUUACCAACAGUGGCUCGGAGGCUAAUGACCUUGCAGUGCUAAUGGCCCGGCUUCACACAGGAAAUUUUGAUGUCAUCACUCUCAGGGGUUCUUAUCACGGUGGCAGUCCACAAGCGACAGGUCUGACGUCCAAUGCAGAUUACAAAUAUCCCAUCCCCUCUUCUCUGGGCUGUCAUAAUACCAUGUGUCCGGAUGUGUUCAGGGGCCUCUGGGGAGGAAGCCACUGUCGAGACUCUCCAGUUCAAACCAUCCGAGAAUGCAGCUGCUCCCCAGGUCACUGUCAGGCCAAUGAUAUGUAUAUCAGUCAGCUCAAAGAGAUGUUCGCUACAACAGUUCCCAAUCGGAUUGCUGCCUUUUUUGCAGAACCCAUCCAGGGUGUCGGUGGGGCUGUUCAGUUUCCGAAAAACUACCUGAAAGACAGCUACCAGCUUGUUCGGGAGAAAGGAGGAAUCUGUAUAGCAGAUGAGGUCCAGACUGGCUUUGGCCGCACAGGGAGCCACUUUUGGGGUUUCCAAGGACAUAAUGUCAUUCCAGACAUGGUUACCAUGGCAAAGGGCAUUGCGAACGGCUUCCCGAUGGGAGCUGUAGUCACCACAUCAGAGAUUGCCAGGUCAUUUGCGAAGGGAGUUCAUUUCAACACAUUCGGAGGAAACCCAUUAUCCUGUGCAGUCGCGUCAUCAGUGCUAGAUACAAUAAAAGAAGACAAGAUGCAGGAGAACAGUGCUGACGUGGGGACAUACCUGCUGACUGAACUGGCCAAACUCAGGGACAAGUAUGAGAUCAUCGGUGACGUGAGGGGAAAAGGUCUUCAAAUCGGGGUGGAAAUGGUCAAAGAUAAGGCCACCAGAGACCCGCUCCCUCGAGAGGCCAUGGCUGAGAUCUUCGAGGAGACUAAAGACAUGGGAGUGCUGAUUGGAAAAGGGGGACUGUACGGACAGACUUUCAGAAUCAAGCCUCCUAUGUGCAUAACUAAAGACGACGCAGACUUCUUCCUUGCUGUAUUCAACCAGGCAGUGCUCAACUACAUGGAGAGAAGAUGAAACAUGCAGAACACGAUGAAGACACAUCGGCUCAUAUUUUAUCUGGAGAAUUAUACAUUACAUAACAGGUUUGGGCGGUUGAGUCUAAAGACCACCAAAGGCAACUAACACAUUUUUCACACUCACAAUGUAUGAGAGCGAUAACUGAUUUGAAUAGACUACCUAGCACCAUCGCAAAUAAUUUAUAAGCGCUUUCUAUCUGAAACUAAGUUUCAAAAACUGGGACCAGUUCUACUCUCAAAUCUUUUAGGAGACAGACUUGUUAAAAAUCUUAAUUAAAUGUAGAAAAACGGGAAUAAUCAUCUGAUACAGACUACUUUUUCAAUUAGGUAAUUGAUUUCUUGCAAUGCUAAAUACAGACUAAAGCACAUUUGCUAACUGCAGGGUUGUGUAUAAAACGACACUUAUACAUAAAACGUGUUUGGAGAGUUUUGAGGGGAUUAAAUUCAAACCUGACCCAGUUCAAGUGACAUUCAUAGCCUAUACCAUUAAGGCAAGCACGGUCAUAAAUAAAUCUGUGGUCUCUUAAAUCGUUAUGUGAAGACACGGAUAUUUUUUUUGUCCUGCAAAGAAAGCAACUGUUUAUUAAAUAAGCAUCUGUUGCUUUUUCUAGUUCUUUUUGAGAUCCUUUCCUGGAAAUCCAUUGGUUUUGUUUUGCAUAACACCAAGCCUUUUUAUAUAUCAGCUGAUCCAUUACACAUGGUACAAUAAAAAUAUUGGAAUGUUUAGCUUUUA